UUUAAAUAGUGUUGGUUCAAUCACUAAUUUAAAUUUUACCUAAGUAGAUAGAAUUUCAAUUAUUAUUAUAAUAAUUAAUUAUCAAUAAAUAUUAGAAAAAUGAAUUAAGCUGAACAAGAAUAAUAAACUAAUUAAAAAAAAGAUAGACGUUAAGGUCGUCCUCCAGCAUAAAAUAAUGGUUUUUAAAAAGACCCUGAAAUAGAGGCUGAUAGGAAAAAAAUGUAAGACCAUUACUUUAACAUAAAAAAUAAUCGAUCAUGA